AUGCCGGACGGUACCAUCUGGAUAAUGUAUAACCACUGUCCUGAAGGCGACGAGUUUGUAGAAGACGAGGAGUAUCGUCGGGGCCGUGUAGGGAAUUACUACAUCGGAUGCGAGGCUCACCUUGCGCAUUACGACCCACAAACAGGCAGUCGAAUUGGCUCUGAGAUCGUGUUCGCCGAUUUCGACGCAUAUCCCCAACAGCGGAAUCAGGCCUUCUUCGUACACGGUCCUGACGAUGGAGAACAUGCCAACUGCAUUGUGCUUGGCAUUUGGGCGGCGCAAUGCAAGACAACAGAGGACGUGUGUCUUUGCACCGACGGCAACUGCGGGUUCGAUAGGAGCAAGAACGCCGGCUGUUCCGCAUCGUGGCGUGGCAAAGCGGGUGCAACGUACUGCCAAAAUGACGGUUGGCUAGGUGGGACCAACGGGACGGGAUGGUCGUGUGGGAGAGAGAAAUACAAUGUAGGCACUCUGAUGGCACCUGUGAACGGUGGACAAAUUCCUGCGAAGCUGUAUGUGGUUAAGCUUACGGCGAAUGGGGAGGUCAUUUACUCUAAGGAGGCGUUUUAUUUCGAUGGUAACCAGAAUGAAGGCACAGGCGAUUUUUUCGGACGAAUUGCGAAGUACACGGACGCGGAGACGAAGGAAGAAGUUGAGGAUUGGGUGUACGGAUGGAUUUUCUCGACGAAUAUGGGGAACAUUUGUAACUAUCAUUGGGGCUGUCAAGGCAAAGUGUAUCGAGCCAGUGACGGAGAGCAAGUGGAAUCGAGGCUGUGGUGUUCUCACUGCAACGGACGACAUCUCGGUUAUGACGAAGAAAACAAGCGCUUUGGGUUCAGUUGUGGGACUGAUGGGGGCCCAGGAGUUUUUUUCAAUGGCCAGAAAGUCAUUGGAAGAGGACAGACGUCGAACAUCAACACCGCUAAGGACAACACUCACCGGGACAACCAUCCAGUGAUAUCGCACUUCAGAGGGGAUAUUUGGCUGAUCCUGUAUAGGUACAUUGCGACGGAGCUGGACUCUGAUCCGGCAGAUUUGAGGCUUCUUCACUGGGAUACGUCCAAGAAAGAGAUUGUUUUUUCCAAGGUCAUGACAGAGACACCAUCUAUCUCAGAAGCAGGCAACCACCACCUUGAGAAGUUUGGAGACCACACUUGGCUCAUGGCGUGGUCGUCUGGGAGUCGGUCGUUCGUGGCGGAGAUCGAUGCGUGGGGGAACUAUAUCGGGGAAAUUCAAGACAUAACUGACUACGCUACAUGGGGGUCACAGAGCGGGUGGUGGAACUGGGGAAACGGGGACGUUGGAUUUGUUGGGGCAUGGGACUGGCAAGGCAGCGGGUUUGAAGAGGGCACAUUGGUUCGAAAGACCCCUGACUGGUCACCCAGAAAGAAGGCGAAUAUCGUCCGCAUCACGGGUUCCUAUAGACGAGGGGACUGCGUUGGGAAAUUUCUUCCUGUGGACACGCAGUGCAACAAGUGCUGUGAGAUGCGAGAACGGUACACUAUCGAACAGGCAGCCGAUGGUGGUAGGGAUUGCCCGUAUGAGGACGGAUAUAUGAGAGUAAAGCCGUGCAAGGAUGGAAACUGUCCAAAACUGGUACCUGCUUCAGCGGAUCAAGCAUACACUAAUGAGAACUACGGUCCUGAGCUGGGCAUAGAUAAAAACAGGGAAUCAAUGGCAGAAUCUUGGACGAAAUGGGGCUACGGUGGACACACAUGGUACAAGGUCCAUCUGCGCAAACCGAGUGUGGUGUCUGGGGUUAACUUGUAUACCAGCAAACAACGGCAGCAACAGUUCGGACUCGCCGUGCUUUUCUACAACUCUGAAAAGGCUCUCAUUGGGCGGUGCUUCAUCAAUCUUGCAAAAAUGCCGACAGGCAAGGACACUGAGGAGCCCGUGGAUGAGGAAGCGUGCAAGGGGUUGCAGAUGUACGGGGUGAAAACGGUGAUGCUCCUACCGGAGGAGGGAGGAACUUGGUCUUGGAUAUUUGUUCGUGAGAUCGAGAUUUUCGGUGAGGAGUGCAACUGCUAG